CUCGACCUUGUGGAGUGCUUCACUGUGGAAUACAUGCAUUGUGUGCUGCUAGGUGUUACGAGGCAGUUCACGGAUUAUUGGUUUGAUUCAUCACGCUGUCAUGAAAAUUUCUACAUAGGACGACCAAGUACACUGACUUUCCUGAACCGGCGCCUCAAGAGCAUUCAACCGCCACAUCACGUCACACGCCUACCUCGCUCAAUCCAGGAGAGGCACUUCUGGAAGGCCCAUGAGUGGCGAAAUUGGCUCCUCUUUUACUGCCUACCAUGCUGCCGAAAUACCUUGCCGUCACCCUUUAGGAAGCACUUUGCGCUUCUUUCCGAGGCCAUUUUCCUCCUCCUCCAAGAGCAACUUUCAUCCCCUGCCAUUACCCAAGCAGAUAACCUCCUUCGACGGUUCGUCAGCCGAGCGGCAGCUUUGUACGGUGAACGGUGCAUGACUUUCAAUCUGCAUCAACUCUUGCACUUAUCACGGGCUGCCCGUAACUUCGGGCCGUUGUGGGGUCAUUCCGCAUUUGGGUUUGAGAGUGGGAAUGGCCAGAUAGUUAAAUUAGUUACUGCCGCAAAUGGUGUGCCUGACCAAAUCCUUGAGCGCGUGAUUCUUUCACAAGAAUUGAAACUGCUGCUUUCUUCGGAUGUAAUACCGCUCAAGACGAAGCAGUUAUGUCAUGAUUUUCUGCAUUAUCCAAAUAUAGAAAAGGCUCAGCAUGUGCAAGGUGCUUGCAUGUUUGGUGCAUCCAAAGAAGUGUUGGUAGUUUCGCCUGCAGAGAAAGAGUGUCUCGAGCUAGUGCUGAAUCACGUUCCUCGUGUACAAGAACAUUUCAGAUUUUUGUAUCUGGGAACAAUAUUUCACAGCAGGAACUACAAAAGAAGCUGCAAAAGUGACAGCAGCCUUUUUGAGACUGAGGACGGCGAGUUUUUCAUUAUUAAGAGAAUUUUUGAAGUCAUAGAUGAAAGCUCUGUAAGCAACGGUGACGUACUUUUGCUUUGCAGAAAGGUUGUUGCUGAGGAAACUGAAGUCGGUAUGCCAGGUCACAUAAUGCCAUGCUUUUUUUCUUUGCAAUGCCCUCUUGUAGCUCUCAGACUCAGCUGUGUUGCAAAGCCAUGUAUUUUUCUAUCAUUCAGUGAUGAGGAGAAAUUUUUUUGUAGAGUGCCCAACCUCAUUGAGCGGGACUAAUUCAUCAGAUGUUGUGAUGGUCGCACUAGGUUUUCACAAAAAAGAAAUUUGUUAGUGUUAUGCAUAUUUUGUCUUAACAAUGCCGCGGCACUCUUUGAAAUGGUUCAAUCGGCAGGCGCAGGAUUAGUAAGUGUACUCCCGUCUGGAGUUCGGGCAUGCUUGAAGCACAGAAAGAGCGCCUUCUUAAAGGCCAACUGCAAUGAAAUCUGACUUCGACAGAAUUAGCUUGGAAUGCGUAGUAUAUGUUGGGUAAGUAAUGAUAAUCACAGUGAAAAAUCUUGCAGUCGCGUACUUCAUUUAUAAUCGGUGCUCUAAUUAUCGGCUAGCAGACGACGCGGAGCUCUAGUGGUGUGCCCGGGCAAAUCGGACACAAACGGAAAUGACGUAAAUCGCAGCUCACGGCCGCUCGUGAGCAGAAGCAGCAGAACUUCCUGCAGCCAAAUCCCUUCCUUUUCUGCGUGACGCUCCUAUACGAGCUAACUCUUUUGUAGGACGAAAUGCGGGGCCGCAGGCUGCUGGAACACGUUGUUACGGAUGGGACCAGCUUUCACACUUUUCCAAAAAACGUAAAGCUCCAGUAGCUGCUGAUUAUCGCAGUGAGGCGAAAGGAAUGGGAGCUAUCAAAGAGCGUGGUACUUUACGUGGCGCACUUUAAGGAUGACGACUUUAUGUACGACCGGUGUCUUUUCGCCCGAAUACUGUGGAAACUGAAAAGAAUGUGGAUUCCUGACACAGUGCCUUCAAUAUUCAGCCACUGCAACCCAC